CUAUCUGUCAAACAGUUUUCAUUCAUCGUGUGUUGAAAUGAUCACAACUUGAAAGUAUUGUUUGUUACCGAUUGAAUUACUGUUAUUUCUGAUAAUAUCUGCGCAGUGUGUGUCGUACUGUGCAGGAGACAUCAGUUCUUAUACCGCGAUAUGAAAACGAACAAAGCGGUUGAGAAUGUGGAGAUCACACCAUCUAAAAAGAAACUGACACAGGCUCGCUUGCCUUUCAAGCUUAUUAGCGAAGAUGCUUCAACCCCAGUGGCUCCUCCGACGAGGAAGAGGAAGCUCUCGGCAGACGGAACGGAACCCGCCCCUAAGGGUAAGAUCUGUAAAGAAAAUAACGAACUUGACGAUUUGGUAGUUAUUAGUGAUGACGAGUGUAAAGACAGCCAGAAAUUGGAAAAGGAGGCGAAGGCGAUGAAUCCGUUCGUUAAGCUCGUCGAUACCGCUUGGAAAAAGAAGUUACAGAAAGCAAAGUCUCCUAAAAGACGUAAAAGUAGGAAAAGUACUUCAAAACAGAUUGAAUCUAUUGAAAACAAAAGUGAAACGGAACAAGGUGAUGCCGAGGAUGUUGAAAUGAUGGACGUAGACACUGAGAACCAGGAGCAAACUGAAAACAAACAGAAAUCUCCUAAGGCAAAUCCUAAAUCUAAAAAAACUGAAAUAGAGAAAGAAAACAAAGCUUCUAACGAUGAUCUUCCUGAUGUUGUGGAACUUGAGGACUCAAAUGACUGUCUUGACAUGAAAAAACCAAAUGAAACCGAAAAAGAAUCGGAUACCAACACUGAAGUCAAAGAAACAGCUCCCGUUACUCCUAGAAGUUCAAGAAAGUCAAAGUCAGAAACAGACACAGAAAAAUCAAAUGAAUCUAAGCCAGCUCCAAGGACUCCUGAGCGCAAAGCUAAGGGUAAUAAAGACAAGCCUAACACAUCAUUACCGGCCAAGUUGAAUGAGUCUGUCUCCAGCCCGUCAACCCCAAAACGCAACAGUAGGAGUUCUUCUGUCACAAAUAGCCUCAAUGAUUCAGUCAGCGAGUCCGCUAGCACACCGGCGGCCAACUUAACUCCAAAACAGUUGCAAAAAAAAUUAGAAUCUGCUAAGAAGCGGGAAGAGCGAGAAAAAGAAAAGCAGGAACGUGAAAAGAAGCGACAAGAAGAAAAAGAAGAAAAGGCUAAACAGAGACAGGAGAAGGAAGAUGCCAAAAAGCGGGAGCGAGAGGAAAAAGAGGAGCAGAAGAGAAAAGAAAGGGAAGAGAAGGAGAAGCAAAAGGAGUUGGAAAAAAAAUUAAGAGAGGAAAAGGAAGAGCAAAAGAAAAAGGAACGGGAAGAAAAAGAAGAACAAAGACGCAAAGAGAAAGAGGAAAAAGAAGAACUGAAACGCAAAGAAAAAGAGGCCAAAGAGGAGGAAAAACGCAAGAAACAGGAAGCGCUAGAACAUGAGAAACAGGAACUGGAACUUAAGAAGAAAAAAGCAGCAGAAGCGUUUGUUAACUUCUUUGUACCGAAACAGAAGGAAGAACCAAAAGCCGUAGUUAGCCAGAACAGUAUUCUAUCUAGUUUUACCAUAAAAGCUGAUAUGAGAUUAGCUCCAUUGAUACGCGUGGAACUCUCUGAUACGCAGAAGCAAGAUAUGGAUCAAUUAAUGAGUGGUCAAAAAUUGGUGGAAAAGGAUCUUUAUUUGAAGAAUUUGAAGAAGGAAGGUGUUAAAAUAGGAUGUAGCGGGAAGACUUGGCCGCUGACUGAUAAAGAAGAUGAUUGUAUGAUUGUUGAGGACGAGCUACCUCCAAUAGAGGGCGCUGACGAAGUACUGGCUUGCGAGCCAGCCACAAGGGAAAAGCUUCGUCCAAAGCUGUUCAGCUUCCAUGAAAACAAGCGACCACCUUAUUGGGGAACUUGGAGGAAGAAGAGUUCCUUCGUCACAGCUAGGAGACCUUUCGGACAGGAGAAGCAACUAGACUACGACGUGGACAGCGACGAGGACUGGGAGGAGGAGCAGGAGGGCGAGAGCCUCGACGGCAGCGUGGCCGGCGACGACGACGAGCCGGACGACGACUACGAGGUCGACAACGAGGUGUUCGUGCCGCACGGAUAUCUCAGCGACGAGGAAGCCACAAUGGAUGAGGAAGAAGACAAAGACAACGUCCUAUCCCUUUCCCCCGAAACGCAAAAGGCACGCCUCAAAAACCUAGAAGACGAAUUCGAGUCCGAAAUGAAGAAACCUACAGAAAAACUAAAACCUCGGCUCUAUGGUCUAAUAUGGGAAACUAAAGAUGGCGGCAAACCAGAAAACUGCAUCGACGCUCUAUGGAAUUAUUUCGGGAAAUUCUCUAUGAUCAUGGAUGACGCAUCUAUUGACAGUCUGUUACAACCACCGUCUGAGCCACAGGAACCAGAAAAGAAAAAAAUUAAAAAGAAGAAAGUAGCCGAAAGAGAGCAACAGAGCCCUAAGAGCGAGAAAAAGAAAAAGGCCAAAUCAGAAAACAAAGAAACUAAGAAAGUUAAGCCUGAGCCGAAGCAGGAAGCUAAGAAAAAUCAACCUGGUAUUAACUCAUUUUUAACUAAAUUAAAAUCGACUUAAAAUUUUAGAUUGAAUGUGACCAGAGAUUAAUAAAUAAAGACUGCUAAUCUUUACACAAAGUGGCAUUCUUUUUUGGAACAAAAAUUUAGAUAGUUUUGAAAUGUUAUGAGUUUCAUAUAAUUUGUAUGGCGUUAGGAGUUCGCUUGCUAUUGAAGCGCCAUCUAGUGAAGUAAGUGGUAGCUAGGUGACAGUUUCGAAUAUAUAAUAUGGAACUGAGACGUAAAACUCGCCAUCUGUAGGAUUUUUAAUAUGAAACAUGUGUGAAGAUUAGCAAUCUUAAUUGUUUACUGAUCUCUGGUGUGUCUAUUUAUAAUUUAAUAUUAUUCAGACAAGCAAGAUAUUGAGAACAGCAAUUAUUACGGAAUGAUUAGCUUAGUUUUAUAUCAUUUAAUUCAUUAGUUAAGUAGCAAAUAGAUAAAUAUCAUAAUGUGCAUAGUUGUUGUUACUAUGUAUCUCAGUAUAUUUUUAUUAUCUGUUAUACCACAGACAACUUGCCGAAUAGAUGCGUUAAGUCAAAUAAAAAUUCAGAAAAUAUUAUUUAGCGUACAAUCAGCAACUCUACUGACUUGACAGCAACUCUAUUGGUCCCUUAUUAUCCCUUUUCAUACAAUUUUACAAGCCUCCAUUACAUAUUUAAUUUAUGUUUUAUUCCUUUCUUACAAAUAGUUAAGUCAAAAUGGUAGAUUCAGACAAGAGAUUAUUAUCUAAUUGAGGUUUGUACCUUGUUGUAGAAUCAUGCUGUUCCUUUCUAAUGUAUGGCACUAUCCCUUUCGGCUAUUUAGGGUUAUCAAAAUUCAAGUGAAAUAUGAUCUGUGGUUAUGCACGCAUAGGGACGUCAAGUUGUGCCAAUCCUAAUAAUUGUUCGGAGCAAUGCUGAGCCGGACGGAGCCGAGCAUGACCGAGAGGAGUGUCGCCCCACCGGCGUUGUGCACUAUGACCUAAUUUUGACUUAGUAUAAUUUUCCUUGACUUUGCUCGUCUAUUAGGUUACUUGGUUGUGUCUUUACAUAAGAUUUGCACUGACUUUUAUAUGACAGAGUUAUUAAUGCAUGUUACUACAGUUUUGAACUUCCUAAAUUAUUAAAAUAAUUAAAACACGGCAGGCACGAUUAAAGUUGUAAAUACUAUUCAUUUUAUUAUCAUUAAAAUCUUGUUUACAUAAUAAUUGUAGCAUAUUUUAAAAUAUACGAUAAUUUUAUA